UUCUUUUAUGUGUCAUCCAACUUACCAAAAUGUCACAGUGGGUGGGAAGUAAUAUAACUUCUCCGAAGCGACAAAUGAAAGCGAUUUUUUUAAGGACGUCUAACUGCGGUAUCCGGCUGCUUGAUUCAUUAACCAGUACCUCCUGGAAGGCACUACAUGUCUGCUUUUUAAGAGCACGUACCGUAGGCUACUCACAAUUCAAAACCGGCUUCUUAUUUAAGUGUUAUGACCACCACUCAAAAGCUCAGGAGCACAUAUGCUUCAUCAGGGUAUGACAGCGAUGGUGUGCAGGGCACCUCCUUUGUGGCAGAGCCAUGGAGCUGCGCUGCUGCCAUGGAAAAGGAGAUAUCAUCUGUCUCCAGCCCCAGCAGGAGCUCUGCUACCCUCCUCACAUCCUGCAGUAUCAAUGGCAGCCUCCUGGGGGAGGCAGACCAGCAGGGCUAUGACGUGGAGUUUGACCCCCCCCUCGAGAGCAAGUACGAGUGUCCCAUCUGCCUGAUGGCUCUGCGGGCGGCAGUGCAGACGCCCUGUGGUCACCGCUUCUGCCGCAGCUGCAUUGAAAAGUCCAUCCGGUACGUUGCUUUGCAGGGGGGGGGACUCCUGCACAGCUGUACAUCCGGCCACUCAUCCAACCUGUCCGCUUCUGUCUCUGCCUUCAGGGAUUCGGGCCAGAAGUGCCCAGUGGACAAUGAACUUCUGCAGGAGGACCAGCUCUUCCCAGACAACUUUGCAAAGCGUGAGAUCCUUUCCCUCACUGUGCUGUGCCCCAAUGCUGGCUGUGACCACAAGACGGUGCUCCGCCAGCUCGACGAUCACAAUGAGCGCUGUCAGUUUGCCGUGACCCUGUGUCCCCUCUGCCGGGAGUCAGUGCGGAAGAGUGAGCUGGAGGUCCACACGGCACAUCAGUGUCCACGACGCCCGGUCUCAUGCCCAAACUGUAUACAGACGUUCAUUUACGAGGAGACAAAGGUCCAUGAGCAGUCCUGCCCCCUGGCCAGUGUGGCGUGUGAAUACUGCAGUAUGGAGCUUAUUCGCGACCAGCUGUCAUCGCACUGUGACACAGACUGUGUGAAGGCUCCAGCCGCCUGCCCCUUCAGGGACUUCGGCUGUCGGGAGAAGAUGCAACGCAACAACCUGGCGCAGCACAUGCAGGAGUUCACUCAGCUGCACAUGCGCUAUAUGGCAGAUUACCUGCGCAGCCUGAGCCUAAAUGGGGCACUGGGGGGGCCCUCUGAUGGCGGAGGCGGAGCCAGAGGUGGGCUGGCCUGCAAAUGCCUCCAGGAAAGAGUGAACUUGCAUGAGACAGUGCAACAGCUGGACGGCAGGCUAGUGCUGCAAGAUCAGCAGCUGAGGGAGCUGAGCAUCAGCAACGAUACGCAGGCUGCCAAACUGGUGGAGCUGCGCAGGCACCUGCGCUCCCUGGAGGAGCUGCUGCGGGAGCUGGAGGCCCAGCAGUGCAGGGGCAUCUACGUGUGGCAGGUGGAGGGAUUCUCUGCACACCUGCGCAGCCAGGAGUCCAGUCAACCCGUGGUCAUCCACAGCCCCAGCUUCUACACUGGCCGGCCAGGAUAUAAGCUGUGUCUGCGGUUGCAGCUACAGGCGCCUAGCGCCCCCUGCUGCGCAAACUAUAUUUCCUUGUUCGUGCACACCAUGCAGGGUGAAUUUGACAGCCAGCUCCACUGGCCACUGCAGGCCACCAUCCGACUGGCCAUCCUGGACCAGGCGGAGGAUCACCACCACAUGGAGGUGAUGGAGACCAUCCCAGAGCUUUACGCUUUCCAGCGGCCUGUCCUGCCUCGCAAUCCCAAGGGCUUCGGCUACAUCACCUUCAUGGCACUGCAAGCACUGCAGGAGCGGCAGUAUGUGAAGGACGACUGUCUGCUGGUGCGCUGUGAGGUCAGCCUGCACUGUGACCGGCAGCUGCAGCAGGGGGUGCUCCAGGGGCGCGGCCCUGAGUCAUUGCUGUGAGGCAGAUGGGCAGA